AUGCCGGCUGAAAAUCUCUUACUGGGUAAAACGGCAAUCAUCACGGGAGGGACCACGGGCAUCGGGCGGGCGAUCUGUUUAGGCUAUCUCAAGCAAGGCGCAGAUGUCGUUGUUAACCAUCUUGGGCUUGAGAAAGAUUCCCAUCAUCUUGAAUCUCUAAUCGUUGAAGCUGAGGCUCUCAAGGCAGAAAAGCCCAAUGCUGGACGCCUGUCUCAUCAAGUAGGCGAUGUUCGAAAGCCCGAGACAGCCACGCAGCUCGUUGCGGCGGCGGUCGAGUUCUCCAGUACCAAGCGACUAGAUAUCUGCGUCAGCAAUGCCGGCAUAUGCACAUUUGCAGACUUUCUUACGCUAGAACCGAAUCUAUUCGAAGCGACAGCAAGAACCAACAUGGAUGGCGCCUUUUAUGUCACACAGGCUGCUGCGCGCCAAAUGGCUUUGCAUCAAUCACCACCGGGAGGAGGCAUUAUCGGCGUUUCGUCCAUUUCCGCUCUUGUUGGUGGUGGUCUACAAACACAUUACACACCAACAAAGGCUGGCGUUUUAAGUCUUAUGCAAAGCACGGCCGUAGCGCUUGGAAAAUAUAGCAUCCGUUGCAACUCGUUGCUUCCUGGAACCAUUCGGACACAGCUAAAUGAAGAGGAUCUAGCCGACGAUACCAAACGAACAUACAUGGAGGGAAGAAUACCGCUGGGAAGGACUGGAGUGCCUGAGGAUAUGGCUGGCCCUGCUGUUUUCUUAGCCUGCGACGAACUCAGCGGCUAUGUCACUGGAGCCUCGCUGCUGGUGGACGGUGGACUCUUUGUUAAUUUACAGUAACGGAUCACAUGAGACAGGGACGAAUGAGUAAAAUAUAAUAGUGUAUCUUCAU